UGAAUUCAAACUUCACAAUAAUGCCCCAAAGUUAGCAAACCUAUUCUUUGAGUAAGACAUAAAAAUCUUCAUUCCUCAUUAAAAAUAAGCUAAAACAGUUGCAAUUAUCGAUGACGUCUUGAGUUGUAAUAUUAUAGUGAUAGACAUGGAUUAGAGAAUUUAAAUUAAUUCAUAUCUAUUAAUCUAAUUUUAAAAGGAGGAAGUUGAUUCGAAAAGAAAAAUAAUCUCUCUCAUUUUUAUUUGACAUUACAUGAUGCAUUUAAACAAUGAGAAUAUUCGAUAUAAAAAGUCUGGAAAGAGAAG